GCGGAUAGUAGCGAGAUGGAGGAAAACAUCAACAACAACAACAACAACAACAACAACAACAACAACAACAACAACAACAAUAAUAAUAAUUCCAGUGGCAGUAGUAGCAACGCAAGCAACGGCAAUCCUAUUUAUAGAGAUUUCAAAGCCCUCCACAUGUCUAAUGCGAUACAGGAUACACCUUUGGAUUAUAAUACCUCGCAAACUAGGAGUAACUAUCAACAAUCACAAUCACAAUCACAACAACAACAACAACAACAACAACAACGUGGUUAUUCCCCCGGUAUGGAGAGACAACAGAAUUAUGAAAAGGAACAACAACAGAGGCCACCGUCCGUUAGGGACGACGAUAGAAGGAUGUCUUGGGAUAAUAUUGAGAAACAUAAUGAACAACAAAAGGAUUAUUCGAGAACGCGAAACGAGUAUCAGGACACGAUAAAGCAAGAGCCAAAGGACCAAUUGAGUCACGAGUGGGUGUCACUCGUUCCCGAGGUCGAGGUCGGUGGUUCAGCGCCUGGUGGUGGGCCACAAGUUCGAGCACGAAAAGAUAUACCACGGGGUACCAGAUUUGGUCCUUUUUCCUGCAAGUGGGUGAGCGAGCCUUUCAAUCCCCGUUACGCUUGGGAGGUACGAAUAGUCGGCAGCGGUGUACGAGGAUGGUUAGACGCUUCUCACGAUAGGAGCAAUUGGUUAAAAUAUAUACGGAGUACGGCAACGCCUCAUCUAAUCAAUUUGCGGUAUAUACUUAUCGGCGGGGAGAUUUUAUACGAGACCAUACGAGACAUCGCAAUUGGUGAAGAGCUCCUACUAGGUCUACGAGAACCUCUUCAAUUGCAGGACAUCCUUGGUGAGAAUACUACCGAGGAUAGGAGCGACAGAGAAACCGCAUCCCAACAUAGUGUUGAUGAGGAUAGAGAGGACGAAGAGGAGAGCGAGACGAGAUGUACCGUCUGUGACAAACCAUUUCAAGACAUAGAUCUAUUGGACGGACACCUGGUUACUUGUCACAGAUAUCCAGCUGAUCAACAUCGGUGCGACGAUUGUCCACGUGGUUACGCUUGGCGUGCACUUUUGGUUCGCCAUCGAGCCAUAGUACACGGCGAUCGAAGAAAUUAUCCAUGUGAAAAUUGUCCGAGGGUUUUUACGGAUCCGUCUAAUCUCCAACGGCACAUACGUUCGAAUCACGUUGGCGCGAGGAGUCACGCAUGCACCGAGUGCGGGAAAACGUUCGCUACGAGUUCCGGAUUGAAGCAACACACCCAUAUACACAGCAGCGUUAAGCCAUUUCAGUGCGAGGUCUGUUUCAAGGCUUACACGCAGUUCUCGAAUCUUUGCCGUCACAAGCGCAUGCACGCGGAUUGCCGCAUGCAAAUAAAGUGCGUCAAAUGUGGACAAUCCUUCAGCACAGUUACGUCCUUAUCGAAACAUAAACGUUUCUGCGAUUCUACGACACCAACUGGACCACCAGGAACAAUGCCGCAAUUACCAACUUCGGCACCCAGUCCAUUCCUUGUUUAUCCAAGACCACCGGUCAGUCUACCUGGUGGUUUACCAUUUUAUCCACCUAGCCUGAUGGCUCCUUAUCCGGGGAUAUUCCCAAACGCGCCGAAUUUUUUAAAUUCUCCUUUACUUUUCCCACCAAAACUCGACGAGGUCGGUGAUAAACGAAGCGAGAGCCCGAAAAAGGAACGUUUCACACCACCGAGAAUUCACCCCCAACAUAGUAAAAUCUCGCCGUCGGCCGGGGAGGAGGCGACCUCGUUGUUCAGGCCGUCACCGGCUAGGCCAUUAGUUCAUCCAACGUCGGAAUCCGAAGAGGAUCAUCAAAGCAAACAGCGUCGUGAAAACUAUGGUAAAUCCGUAGAAAAGAAAAUGGACAUAGAAAUGACCAAUUCAACAACGGAAGAAUCGACAGAUCAGCCAUUAGAUCUAAGGGUCCAAACGAAGAAAUUGGACGUAUUGAUGGACGAUAGAAAGACGAGUCGUAGUCCAUCGCCUGUUCCAAUUACCGUCGAAGAACAGCAACCACCACCACCACCACCUGUUGUGGAUCCACCGAGAAACGAAGAUGAAAAUGUCGUAUCGGUAACAUCGAUGACGGCUGUCAUUGAUACGAAGGACGUACCGAGUAGUAGUCCGCGUCUAAGAACAAAUCUUUCAACGGCGGAUCAAACAAAUACUCCACCCCACAUGGCAUAUCCCAGACCGAUACAUCCAAUGUUUUUGGAAGCAAUGUAUCGUACACCUGGAAGUACAUUCCCUGCAUUCCCAGGUGCUCCUCCUACGGCAGGAGGUGCCUCCGCUGAAUCGAGAUUAUUACCACCUCUACCACCGUUCGGGCCACCCCGUGGACUUCCUUUUUUAGGGACGCUAAUGAACGGGCUCAGCGGCGCCAGGCCAGGAGGGGGAUUCGACCUGCUUGCCAGGCCGCCGAUGGGCGCGUUCCCCGGCGUGAAACCGUUUCAAGAUGCUGUAAUCCCACCCCAUCACCAUCAUCAUCAUCAUCAUCAUCAUCACGCGCACGGUAAGAUAAAGGAUCGUUACUCGUGCAAGUUUUGCGGCAAAGUAUUUCCAAGAUCGGCCAAUUUAACGAGGCAUUUACGUACCCAUACCGGUGAACAGCCUUAUAAAUGCAAAUAUUGCGAAAGAUCUUUUAGUAUAUCCAGUAAUUUGCAACGUCAUGUUAGAAAUAUACAUGACAAACAAAGACCAUUCAAGUGUCCUCUUUGCGAGAGAUGUUUCGGUCAGCAAACGAAUUUGGAUAGACAUUUAAAGAAGCACGAAGCCGAUGACGGCAGCGGCGUUGUCUCUGUGGCCGAUUCACCUGGCAGUAGCAACGAGAACGAACGCGAGGACACGUAUUUCGAUGAGAUCAGAUCGUUCAUGGGUAAAGUUACUUACGGGGGUGAACCUGGUUAUCAUUUGCCACCACAUCCGGCAUAUUUGUCUGGUCGUUUACACGAUAUUCAUGAGUCAAAAAUGGAGGCGGAUUAUGACGAAGACGAGGACAGCGAGGAAGGUGUUUCACCUCUCGAAGAGACAGACGGUCUUUCGCCAUUAGAGACCAAGGAUUCACCGUCGCCAUCGCAAUAUGAUCUUAAAUUGAGGGACAAACAAGAAUUAUUGAACAACAACGUUUCUGCAACCGCCGAACCUGUUAUAGAAAUUUCCACAUAACCGAAAGAUCGUAUUGACUGAUGAUAUCUAUUAUUAAACAUCUCCUUUUCAAUUGAUAAUUUAAUUCUCAAUGAUCGCGAAUGUAAUUUUAAUAUGGAACAACGAUGAUACUACCCUGUCGUAUUAUUCGUGGAUCCACAAUCACAACGAUGAAGAUUUUUCGACACGUGGAUCGUUCGUUCUUACUGUAACAGCUGGACGUAACAACUAGUGUGGAAAAGAAAAGAAAAGAAAAAAAGAAAAGGAGAGAAGAGAGAAAAAAAAAACGAACGUCUUUCGUUCCUUCCUCUUUUCCAUUUUCUUUUUACUCCAUCCACAUC